AUGAUAAUACAACAAAUGACUAAAGCCUUCAUUGGCAUAUUCAGGGCUAUAGUUUACCUUUGGCGGCUAUUAUUCCCUCCAUUUAUACAAAACAGUUCUCAAGAUGCUAGAAUUGCCGACGCUAGAGACAUUAAAGAUAUUGUGCAAUUCCACGGUUAUCAAUGUAAGGAGUAUGUCGUUACAACUAGAGACGGAUAUCUGCUGACGGUACACAGGAUAUAUAAGGAUAAGAUUCAUGAUAAUCCUGUCGUCUACUUACAGCACGGUCUCUUGACGAACAGUGAACUUUUUGUGCUUAACGACUCCCCUGAUAAGAUUAUCCCCUUCAGAUUGGUAGAUAACGGAUAUGACGUAUGGCUGGGAAAUAAUAGAGGUAACAAAUACUCCAGAAACCACACAUCAAUAUCUACUAAAUCAAAACGAUUUUGGAACUUUUCGUUGAAUGAGUAUGCCAUUUACAACAUACCAGAUUCCAUCCGUACCAUUCUACACAUUACCAAUAAACACAAAAUACUGGCCUAUAUUGGGUUCAGUCAGGGAACUGCUCAAGGACUAGCCAGUCUGUCUUUGAAUCCAUAUUUGAACGACAAAAUUCAGUUAAUGAUAGGUCUUUCACCUGCAUUCAUUCCACCUAAUUUGAGGCACCCAGUUGCCUCGUUUGCAGUGAAUGCGUACCACUAUCUUCCACUGGUUCUUGGAAAUAGGGCUAUAAUGCCCUCAGUUCAUUUUUGGAAAUGGGCAAUGGGACAGGAAUACUAUCAGCGUGUUGUUGAUCUCUCAUUGAUUUAUUUGUUCAAUUGGCAAGGCGAUAACAUCUCAUCACAGCAGAAGCAAAUCGGAUAUCCCCAUCUCUUUUCCAAUAGUUCAGUUAAAUCGAUUCUGCAUUGGUUCCAGAUAAUCAAAAAUCAACGUUUUGAAAUGUUUGACGAGAAGGACCACGAUAGCUCCCCUCUCAAUGUUAUCUUUGGUCUCAAGGGGCAUUUGCCAACUCCUUUUCCAACUAAUAAUAUUUCUACUAAGCUUCUAUUGAUGUACGGUACCAAUGACACUCUAAUGAACAUACCUACGAUGCUACCAUAUCUGCCUCAUGAAAAUGUCCUGGAUAUCGUCCCAGUGCAAGAUUAUGAACACAUGGAUCUACUAUGGGGUAAGAAUGUUGAUAAACUAGUUAUCCCAACCAUUCUUAAGACAUUAGCUGAACAAGUGCCACUCGCAGAACAGGUGGAGACUGUAGAAAAGCGAUUUUCAAAGUUGUUAGCCCCAUACAUGAAACAGCCUGUCUUUGAAAUAGAAGGACCUCAAAGAUAUGCAACGAUACAGAUAAGCUAG